AGUAGGUAAGGUAAGGAAAGUGAUGCUGGGUUUCCACGAUCAUGGGCCAGGGAUCAGAAACUCUAGACACCCAUGCCGAAUGUUGAGGAAUAUAUUGUGCAUGUUUCAUCUUCCUACCAACCGAGGUCAAGCGAGGAGUUCUUUUGUAACCUUGACCUUACUCUCCUGGCCACGACUAAGCUUCUCACUCUUAAUGCGGGCACGAGAAGUUCCCAAAUCCGACAUGCUUUUCUUUGAAAUUUCCAAGUCAUAGCUUGCAUCAUUGGAAAAUUGAUUACGCCUCCAGAUGUGUCGAGUGAACUCACCGCCACCAACCGGAAUGUUCAUGUAUAGUUCACUCUAGACUGGGUACGAGAAAUAGGUCCGCCCGGUCCGCAUUGAAGGAAAUUGCUUCCAGUCGGGAUCCUCUCGGAUGUGUACCUGGCACCUACCUGAAGAUCUGCCUCCGACCUAGUCUUCCUACUGCUCACGUCACUUUGAAGGAUCUCCCGUUGUGAUCAGUGUUCCAGGCCAUCGGUUCGAGUUUAAUCUUUCUUGUUUCUACUUUGCCCUUCGAGCCCCAGCAAUAUUUACCAUGUUCCAUAUCUAGAGUAGGGAUUCUGCAUGAGCUUGUGAUCAUUUUUUCCCUGGCACUGGAUGGAAAAUGAUCAUUUGGGUUUUUUCUGCGAAACUCCGGGACUUGCAUCUUCCAGCCUAGACGGUGAUCAUGAUAAGUGAGUGGCCUUCGUGCGGACUACUGCUGGCCGGAUUGUAGAAUCCAAUUCCUUAGGGGGCAGACCCCGGCCACAAUAAAUAUCAAAAGGCCAGGAGAGAGCGAGGUGCUAAGAUCACAUCUCGGCACCUUGAGAAAAUCGUUUCGAGCACCACAUUGCCAAUAACAUGGUGGCGAGUUAGGGAGAGCCACUUUGGGGCCCUGGGCCGACCUCAUCCGGGAGGGACAUCAUGUGAGCCGCUUCUGAAGGGUCUGGACUCCGAGCUCCCUCUGGCACACGUUCUUCCCUUGCUUUUGUUUUUUCCUGCUUCCUUGACCCGGGCUCCGAGUCCGAGUCCUUGUCGAGUCCACCUCCGGUGUACCGCAUCAUCGUCGAACAAAAAACAUGUCCCACAACAAUAAUUCGCAUGUCCUGCACGAUGUCAAAAAGCUCGCUAACCGUCGGCUCCCGCGACACGGUGAGUGGUCCGCGCUCCAUGUGGAUUUCUUCUAUGCUUCCCAUGCCCCGAGCACUGUACUCUACUGUACUUGUUUUGUGUCGAGAGAGGGGGAGGGGGAGAGAAGAAGAAAGGAAAAAAAGAAAAAGAAAAGAAGAGAACGAGGCUCUCUCAGCAGUUGAAUCCGGGCGAUGGAGCUCAUAAUAUCUCCAUGUUCCUGCAUAUUGAAGGUUCAGUUGCUGAGCUCACGUGGCCUAGCCCAGCUGAGCCCCUGCAGCGUGAAGGGCGAAGGAAGAUGUGCAAGUGUGCUUUGCAAUCACAUCACCAUAAGCGCAAGCGCAAAAUGGCAAAAGCGUAGUGAGUAGAAGACAGAGUCCAUGUGGGGGCCAGUACAAGUACGCCUGCUCACUUUUGACUUCAGGUCCAUUAAGUGGAUUUCUUGGGUCUUGCUCGUUAGGGAAACCGAUCUUCUUCGUCGAUCGUUGCAGCAACAGUUGCAUUUGUCUUGUACGUGUACUCAGGCCGUGGUUUAGC